CUCAGUUUCCUCCUUCUCCUCCUCCUGCUCCUCCUUCUUUCGCCGCCCGAUCGGGCAACAGCCCUCCGCCCGCAACUGAUCGCCGCCGCCGGAUUCCGGCGCCCCGGGGCCAACGGCGGCCUCCUCCGGCGAUGGAUGCGCCGAUGGCAUGACUCGCCGCCCGGAUUAUUGCCCCGUCGCCGCUCGCAUUAUCGGCGCGUCCGGUCUCGGUUGCUGGGGUUAAUGCUCAGAUCAAGUAUGAAGCAAAGGCCCUUCAUCCCCUGCUGGAACAUAUUUCAGACACCAUCGCGAGACAGAUUCUCAUGGAUGCUUAGUACAUGCUUGUGUUUCUAUAUACAUUCGUACAGUGGGAAUCUGGUUGAAACGUGGAUGCCUGUUGUAGAUACAUGAAUAUAGGUUCUUUUUAGAUCAGUGCGGUACUUUUCGUAGCUUGUACUUCGAAUUGUGAAAUCUAUGGGCAUAUCCAUCUAAUGGUGUUGAUGUGACUGGAGACUGUGAAUGUGUGUCGACAGUUAUUUGAUUGUGUCUAAGGUAAGAAAUUAAUGGUUAGAAGAGAUAGUUUAGCCGCCUAGGUGAGGUGAAAACUGCACUAAGGAGAUUGGGACGAAGGACUAAGAGGGGAAAGCCAAGCAUAUGUAGUUUUUCCAGGGAACAAGGUGUAAACGAAUUGGAUUUCAGCAAUGGGGUUGCCGCAAGUUUGCCCCAGUGAAGGCACCGAUGAAAAUGCAGCGGCCUCAUUUCGUUUGUUAGGUUCGCGGCAGUUUGCCAGUGUGAGCACCUGUGAUUUGGAUGGGAUGCAUGGAGAAGAUAUGAGCAGGAAGGAUGGUGACCCUCGAGAUACCGAGAAAAUGAUUAGCUCGGAGGUUUCUGAGUUUCAAGGUGAUUCGUUUAAGUACGGGAUAAAAGCUGCAUUCAAUGCUAAUGGGUUUAGGAGCAAUCUGGCAGAUAAGGGAAGUUGGCUUACUCCUAAAAGUGAGAGGAGCAUUCAGGAUCCUAUAUCAAGAAUAGUGGGCUUUGAGUCUGGUGGAGUGACCCGCGGCUUUGAUGGGAUUUCAGUUGAAUGUGAACGAUCCUUUGACGCGCCUGGUGUGAAAAUGAAUGAGACUGAUUCCAGUGGGUCAUUAAUUAGGAAACGCUUGUUCUCACCUUUGAGCCAUGAUCUAUCCUCAGAAAAAGUUGGUGACGAUUCUCUUGAAAUUGGCAGUGGCAGUUUCCAGAAAACUUCCACUGCCUUAACCGACACACCCAGUUCUUUUUUGGCGAAAGACUACAAGAAAGCAAAUUUUGGAAGGACAAGAUACCGUACCAUCUCAAGCGGGGCAUUGUCAAGAAGCUUAGAGAGUAGGAGCACUCCCUGGGAUACUAAAACGGCUUCUUGCUUUUUCACUGACGGGCCUUUGCUGGAAGAGAAGGAACCCCUAAGUUAUACUUGUCGUGUAUUGUCAUCUGCAGUUGAGGACUCGAGAAAAUUUAGUAAGGUGAGAUCCGAAAGCAUGGUGGUACCAUUGGCUACUGAAAAGAUAACCUCAUCUACUCUUUCUUCAUCUCCUCUUGGCCCAAAAUUUUCUGAAAGGAUAAAAACUGGAGGAGGAAAUAAGAAUCUAAUGAGCGUUACUGAUGAUUCUUCGAGCUUGAUGAACGUAGAGAGUUUUUUCCACAAAUCAGAUACGAACAUUAGUGUUGACACUGAAGAGGAUGACUUUAGUGCGGUAACCAGAUCUUUUGAAGAUGUUGAUCUCUUAAACAAGGAAUUUCGUCCGUCUUCCUUGGAAAGUACUGCUGAGGUGUUUUGUCCAUGGUGUCGAGAAUCGACUCCUAAAUCUCGACAUGCAUUUAGGAGCUUCAGCAGACUAUCUGUUAGGAGGUCAUUGGUUGGUUCCUUUGAGGAGUCUCUGUUGUCUGGUAGACUUCUCUCGGGGAAACUCUGUCAGAAAAUUGAUGGUUUUCUUGCUGUGCUGAGCGUUGUUGGAGGGAGUUUCUCACCGCUGUCACAGAAGCUUCCAUUCUCUGUAAGCAGUGUGGAUGGAGAUUGCUCUCUGCUGUACUUUGCAUCCAUUGAUCUCGCUGGAUCCUCGUCUUCAAAUAAGUGUGUUGGCCACAAAUCUGGGAAGAGUCUCAGCCGUGACGAUUUGCAAUCUGUCAAGAGCCGCCUGCGCAUUCCUAUGAAAGGGCGCAUACAACUGGUCCUCAGCAAUCCCGAGAAGACACCUGUUCACAGAUUUCUUUGCCACUAUGAUUUGACCGACAUGCCGCUGGGUACCAAGACAUUUUUGCGCCAGAAGGCCACGCUAGAAUCUUCUUGCUUAGCUUCUGCACAGCUGAAAAAGCAGUUAGAUUUGAACUCAAAAGUCACAGAGGUCAUGACUCCAAUGUCGAGCCAUCUUGUACAGUCUGGAGAUGAUGCUACACAAUCCAAUGCUACUGGGAAUGAAACCUCUGAUGUGGUGGUUUCAGUAGAGGCAGGUGAUCAAUCUGAGAAACCUGACAGCUUUGGGAAGCAAAAUAUUCCCUCUUCUAAGUUUAAUGAUGGGUGUAGGAGCAGUAAACCUGGCAAUGACUGUUAUUGUGAAGAUACUUGCAACGGUAGCGACAGAAAAACCUUUCAUGGUUGUUCAAAGGUCAACGAGAACAUGACUGGAGCUGGUGCCUUGCGCUAUGCUCUUCACCUCCGUUUUCUUUGCCCUUUUCCUAAAAAGAGUAAAAGGUCAGUUGCAAGAUGUAAAUCUGAUCCCCUCUCUGUACCGAAAGAAAAGUUGUUAGAUAGGGAAAGGAGAUUCUAUUUAUACAAUGACAUGAGGGUUGUAUUUCCUCAACGACAUUCAGAUGCUGAUGAAGGCAAGUUCAAGGUGGACUAUCACUACCCAGAAGAUCCAAAAUACUUUGACCUCGGCAAUUGAAAUGUCUCCAAGCUACCUCCUCAAUUGAAUCCUGGAGGUGCUGUACAUAAUUCAGUCUUCCUUUUCGAAUAUCUUCAUUUCUCCUCUUGUACAGAUCUCAGUUUCUCAAUAAUGUUAACCCUUGUAAUUCCAUGUACAAGUUAACUUUAUCAUCACAGCCUUCAUAUCAAAUAUGGGCUCACUGCCUCUGGCAGUUGUUGCUUGAAA